AUGACGCCUGUGACCAGCGAUGUAUGCACCGAUGGAUGCUCGGUCACGUCUAAGGCGCUGAUGACAGGCUCUGAUAUCUCGGUGAUGAGCGCUGUCCGUUCGGGCAAAGUGACCUCUUCAGCUGUGCCAGGUGGUGGGGAUUCGGCCGCAAUGUCAGAGAUCACUACCCGCACUGAUCUGUUUGGGCCGAUUGCACCCGGAAGUUCUUUACCUGAAAGACCAAGCGCUGACUCAAUGGACUCAGAGCAAUCUCCUGUUGCAACCAAGACCGAAACAUUUACCCAUACUAUCCGUUCGACGUUCUGCUUCAAAGGGACAUGCUUUACCAGAGUAGCAACUCAGCUGCACACAGAGACUUCGACCGUGAAAGUCACUAUGGCCCAAACAGUUUCUUCGACUGAGACUGUUCAUGUAACGAAGACGAAACCGCGCAAGGAAAGUGCCUCAUUGACGAAAUCUGAUUCCAUGAGCUCUGUUUCUGCCAAGCCUUCUUCCAUGUAUAUCUCGAAAGAGACCGGUUCUGCAAGCUUCAUUUCUGUAUUGUCUACAUCCGCUAGGUCAGCAGCUGUUGAUUCAAUACUGGCCUCUUCAAUUCCAUCCCCUACAAUCUCUGUUUUGGCAGAAUCUGCUCUGGAAAAAAUGGUUUCUGAGAUGACUGAAAUGACCGCUUUCACAUUGGCUAAUUCUGAGUUGAGUCCAUCUCCAGCCUCUGCUUCUGUUUCUGUGGAGUAUGGGUCUGAAGUGGCUGUUUCUGGAACGACCGUUUCCGGAAUUGCUACUCCUGAAGUGACUUCAUCUCCAGCAUUUGCCUCUGGGGAGUAUGUUUCUGAGGUGAGUGCUUCUGAAAUGACUUCAUCUCCAGCCUCUGCUUCUGUUUCUGUGGAGUAUGUGGAGUAUGCUUCUGUGGAGCACUCAGAUGUCACUGCUUCAGGGACGACUACUUCCGCAGUGUCCGCUUUCACAAGCUAUGUCUCUUCUGAAGCUGCUUCUACCAGCUCGUCUUCCGCUGAGCCAACGAGAAUUUCUAUUCAGGAAGGAAGUGCCUCCAAAUCUGUGGUUCUGUUCAUCUUGCUUGUUCCAUUUUUCGUGAUGGUUAUCUAG